CUUUCCUCCUGUAUCCUCUGCCCUUGCACUCUUCUGCGUCUCUCGUUCCCUGUCCCUUCCUCCUCACUCCCUUCCUCCCUGGGCGGCUCUAGCACAGGGGAUCCCCAAACAUCAGGACUUUUGGGGGGCGCCUGUGCUGUCCAUGGGAAGAGCAUGCAUUGUGGGUUACUGGAGGAACCCGACAUGGAUUCCACAGAGAGCUGGAUCGAAAGAUGUCUCAACGAAAGCGAAAACAAACGUUAUUCCAGCCACACAUCUCUGGGGAAUGUUUCUAAUGAUGAAAAUGAGGAAAAAGAAAACAACCGAGCCUCCAAGCCCCACUCCACUCCCGCCACUCUGCAAUGGCUGGAGGAGAACUACGAGAUCGCGGAGGGGGUCUGCAUUCCCCGCAGCGCCCUCUACAUGCACUACCUGGACUUCUGCGAGAAGAACGACACCCAGCCAGUCAACGCUGCCAGCUUUGGGAAGAUCAUAAGGCAGCAGUUUCCUCAGUUAACCACCAGAAGACUCGGGACCCGAGGACAGUCCAAGUACCACUACUACGGCAUCGCAGUGAAGGAGAGCUCCCAGUACUAUGACGUGAUGUAUUCCAAGAAAGGAGCCGCCUGGGUGAGCGAGACGGGCAAGAAAGAAGUGAGCAAACAGACGGUGGCCUAUUCCCCCCGGUCCAAGCUGGGAACGCUGCUGCCCGAGUUUCCGAAUGUCAAAGACCUAAACCUGCCGGCCAGUCUGCCUGAGGAGAAGGUUUCUACCUUUAUUAUGAUGUACCGCACACACUGUCAGAGAAUACUGGACACUGUAAUAAGAGCCAACUUUGAUGAGGUUCAAAGUUUCCUUCUGCACUUUUGGCAAGGAAUGCCGCCCCACAUGCUGCCCGUGCUGGGCUCCUCCACGGUGGUGAACAUCGUCGGCGUGUGCGACUCCAUCCUCUACAAAGCUAUCUCGGGAGUGCUGAUGCCCACCGUGCUGCAGGCGUUGCCCGACAGCUUAACUCAGGUGAUCCGCAAGUUCGCCAAGCAGCUGGACGAGUGGCUCAAAGUGGCUCUCCACGACCUCCCAGAAAAUCUGCGGAACAUCAAGUUUGAACUGUCAAGAAGGUUUUCCCAAAUUCUGAGACGGCAAACGUCACUAAAUCACCUUUGCCAGGCGUCGCGGACGGUGAUCCACAGCGCGGACAUCACGUUCCAGAUGCUGGAGGACUGGAGGAACGUGGACCUCAACAGCAUCACCAAGCAAACCCUGUACACCAUGGAGGACUCGCGCGAGGAGCACCGGAAACUCAUCAUCCAGUUGUAUCAGGAGUUUGACCACCUGCUGGAGGAGCAGUCUCCCAUCGAGUCCUACAUCGAGUGGCUGGACACCAUGGUGGACCGCUGCGUUGUGAAGGUGGCUGCCAAGAGACAAGGGUCCCUGAGGAAAGUGGCCCAGCAGUUCCUCUUGAUGUGGUCCUGUUUCGGCACCAGGGUGAUCCGGGACAUGACCUUGCACAGUGCCCCCAGCUUCGGGUCGUUUCACCUGAUUCACUUGAUGUUUGACGACUACGUGCUCUACCUGCUGGAAUCCCUGCACUGCCAGGAGCGGGCCAACGAGCUCAUGCGAGCCAUGAAGGGCGAAGGGAGCACUGCAGAAGUCCGAGAAGAGAUCAUCUUGACGGACGCCGCCCCGCCAACUCCGUCACCGGUGCCGUCCUUUUCUCCGGCGAAGUCGGCCACGUCCGUGGAAGUGCCACACCCCCCCUCCCCCGUCAGCAACCCGUCCCCCGAGUACACCGGCCUCAGCACCACAGGAGCGAUGCAGUCAUACACGUGGUCUCUAACGUACACAGUGACUACGGCGGCGGGGUCCCCAGCUGAAAACUCCCAACAGCUCCCCUGUAUGAGGAGCACCCAUGUGCCUUCUUCCUCGGUCACACACAGGAUACCAGUUUAUCCUCACAGAGAGGAGCAUGGCUACACGGGAAGCUAUAACUAUGGGAGCUAUGGCAACCAGCAUCCUCCGCCAAUGCAGAGCCAGUACCCGGCCCUUCCUCAUGAGGCAGCGCUCUCUGGGCCGCUCCACUAUGCCCCGUACCACAGGAGCUCUGCACAGUACCCUUUUAAUAGCCCCACUUCCCGGAUGGAACCCUGUUUGAUGAGCAGUACUCCCAGGCUGCAUCCUACCCCCGUCACCCCCCGAUGGCCAGAGGUGCCCACGGCCAACACGUGCUACACAAGCCCGUCCGUGCACUCCACGAGGUAUGGAAACUCUAGUGACAUGUACACACCCCUGACCACGCGCAGGAAUUCCGAGUAUGAGCACAUGCAACACUUUCCCGGCUUUGCGUACAUCAACGGAGAGGCUUCCACAGGAUGGGCUAAGUGACUGCUCUCAUAGGAAUCCGUAUUUAAUAUUAAUAAGUAUUAAUAAUAAUAAUAAACCCAUCUCCCCUCGAAGAUCUUAUCUCUAUACAUUGUAACGUGUGAACCAUUCCUAGGCGUCCAUUUUCCUCGCGAACAAGAGGCUGGGAUUCAGUGUGGCAUGAACAAACUUUAGUUCAGAAACAGGACUCACUCGGCGUCAGUGAGAUGGGGGUCCCGCAGCCAAGCCAGACUUGACUUCCUACAGAGCACUAUCCUGGGCAGGCCAGUCCGUGCCUUUUCCCUUUGUUCCAUGACCACUUGCUUUGUGUUGGCGACCACUCCCUGUAAGUUACUUAUUUUCCUGUUGACAAAAGCUCUUUAGUCUUUAAGGAUGGAUACUGGAGACAGAAUCUGGUUUGUGUUCUUGGACGGGCACAUAAUUGACCAAGAGCAUGCACCUUGCAUCUGUCACCUUCCUGUACAACGAACAGCCCUCAGCUGUGUUCUGCACGCCCCCUCUUCCUGGUGGCACUUCGCGGGGCACCAGGGCUGAAUGGAGGUGUCUGGAAACGCGAGAUUCCCUGUUACGCUCCUGUCCGUCGCAGUGCCUAACCCGUUUUGGAAUGUAAGCACUGUCUGGAGGGAAAGAAGAGGCCUGUUCUGUAUGCCUUAAGUUGGUUGAAGUUUGUAGGGGACCAGCUCUUCUACACACAAGUAUUUGUCCUAAGUUUGCACAAUGGCUAGUGUCAGCAGAAGGCAGGGGAGGGGUUCUUUACCGUUCUGUGAGAAUGUAGACAUACAGCGUUGAGUGCCACACUCUGCUGUGUUAACGUUGUGAAACUGGAUGGACCAAGCUUCAAAGUGUGAAAACGACUUUCACAGUUCCUUCAUAAGACUAUAAUAAUUUCCGACACUUUGAUAGAAAAAAAAUAUUUCAAAGCUGUGCCUUUGAGCCUAUACUAUACUGUGUAUGUGUGGAAAUAAAAAUGUAUUGUACUUUUGGAAAAUUUUUUCUUAGGCAUUUUUCUGUCAGAUUUGUAGCAAUUUGUGAGGUUUGUUAGAGCUUAACAUAGGUUUUCUUUCUGUAUUAUAAAAAGCACCAAGCAAUUAUGGUGGACCUAUUACCCUAUGGGUAAGAAAUAAAUAGAAAUAUGACAUCGGAUGUUUUAGCAAUUGUUCUGUAAAUAAAAUCUUUGAUCACACCCACUCAGUGUGAUAAUCAUGUCUACGGCUAAAAUGGAAAUAGUUUUAUCUGUACA